CGUGCCUGGACUGGCUAUCGGGCGACCCACAUUCAUGAUUUUUCCGAUAAGGAUUUCGACUGCUUAUCGCAUUGCGCUCCUCUAAAUUUUCUAGCAGUCGCAAACUAUUUUGUACGCCCAUUCCCAACUGCUUCAGCUAUCCCCUACUCUACAAGAUGGCGGCCGUAUACAAGUCCCUGUCCAAGGGCGGCAGCGAGAAAAACGAAUCGUCGACCAAUGGCGUCAAGAAAAACAAGCAGAGGGUGCUGAUCUUGUCCAGCCGAGGUGUCACGUACAGACACCGUCACCUCUUGAAUGACCUUGCCUCUCUGCUCCCUCAUGGUCGAAAGGAUGCCAAGUUCGACUCGAAAUCCAGACUCGGCGAGCUCAACGAACUGGCCGAACUGUACAACUGCAACAAUGUUUUGUUUUUCGAGGCGAGAAAGGGCAAAGAUUUAUAUGUAUGGAUGAGCAAGGUGCCCAAUGGCCCGACAGUUAAAUUUCACCUGCAAAACUUGCACACGAUGGAGGAAUUGCACUUCACUGGAAACUGCUUGAAGGGCUCAAGACCAAUCCUUUCAUUCGACGCCGCUUUCGAGACCCAACCGCAUUUCCGCGUCAUGAAGGAACUCUUCCUUCACACAUUUGGCGUUCCGCAAGGCGCGCGAAAGUCCAAGCCAUUUAUCGACCAUGUCAUGGGCUUCAGCAUUGCAGAUGGCAAGAUUUGGAUUCGAAACUACCAAAUCAGCGAGGUCGAGCAGACCAAAUUGAAGGGUGGCGAGGAAGAACCCACAGUUGGCAAAUCCAACACGGACAUCAAUCUCGUCGAAAUCGGACCUAGAUUCGUUCUCACGCCCCUGGUGAUACAGGAGGGCUCGUUCGGUGGACCAAUUAUAUACGAGAACAGAGAAUUCGUCUCUCCCAACCAAAUCAGAGCUGACAUUCGGAGAGCAAAGGCCGCAAGGCACAACGGCAGGGUGGAGCAGGCAGUUGGCCGCGUGUCAAAGAAGGAUGAUCUGGGCCUCCUGUCCAACGGCAACCGACCUGCCAAGAACGAGCUGGAUAAGACAACGCUGUUCGCAUAGACGGUGUGAAGGUUGAUAAGAAUGAUGGCGGGGAUCUCCAAGACUUUGAUUUGUAUUUAUCACAGGCGGCGCAUAAAAUGGAUUACAUGGCACGGCAGUCUUUCGUCUCGCAGUUACUUUCACAAACGCGUCCAGCACGCGCUGAGGCCAUUUCCUUGCCAGAUCAAUAAUUUAGACUGUUGGAUUUUUUAUAUAUUAUGGAUUGUGGUUAUGCAUUCAAAUUUUGCCAAUCAUUAC